CUUUAAGGAGAAAGGCAGUCGCCUCUGAACAGUGUUGAACAGAAAAAUUAUCCCUUAGGGAUAAUUAGCCAAACUCAGGACGAUCACACAGCCAGAGAGUGAAAAAGGAGGGGGCAGGAUGCAGCUGCGUUGGUGACGGAGCAGUGCUUCUCUCUCCUGUCACUGUGGAUGGCUUGAAAACAGGAUUUCCAUAUGAACAACCUCGAGUGCAGCUGAAGAGCAAAUCACAUGAACUGAGAUGCUUUGAGCUAACACUCUGUAAGGACAUAUGAUGCUGUCACCUCCAAACGUGGUUUUAAAAAUGGUUCAGGGUACAGAUAGAUGCACUGUAAUAUGAGAACCUAGUUGUUAAAGGUUCUGUAAUGCUGUAGACAGUUUAUUCCCUGUGUUUACUGUGGCGCUGUGUCAAGACUCAACUAAAGAAGUUGAAUUUAAGAAGGAUGCUGAUGGCCAGACUUCCUGAUGUUCUAUGGAUAAAUAAAUGGGGUGCAGAGGGGUAGAAACUCACUGUCAGAAUGGGAGCAAACCAAAUUAAAUGCCUCAGUUCGCCAAGCCCCACUCACACUCCUAAAGACUCCAUCAGCCUGUCAGAGGUGAAGGAAGGGCUUCUAGACAGUCUGUCUGGAGAGAAAACCAAUAAGUCAGAGGAUGCAGUGAAAUCGGACCUAUGCGACCAAGCAAUCAUCUCAGGACAUGAGAGUCUAGGGGGCUGCAGGUGGGAGGACAAACUAUAUGAGCACCAAGAGCAGCUGGAGAGGGAGAUGCAGGAUGCACGGAAAAUGGUGUCCAGCCUACAGGCUCUCCUUCUCAAUGGUUCAUUACCUGAGGAUGAACAGGAGGUGUCACUAAGUCUGGGUGAGGGAGUGGAAAAUGCUGAGCAGCAAUUGAUUGUAAUCCGAAGUCGUCUGGACCAGAGCAUGGAGGAGAGUCAAGAUUUGAAGAGGGAGUUGUUGAGGUUCAAACAGGAGGCACGUAACCUGCAAGGAGUCAAAGAUGUACUUCAGCAGCGAAUGGCUGUACAGGAAUCCUCAGUUCUGCAGCUCAAACAAGAACUCCUGUGCUCCAACAUGACCAAAGACGAGCUGGUGGGACAGAAUGUCGAGUUACAGAGGAAGCUGGAGGAGAGGAACAGACUUCUCAGUGAAUAUAAGAAAGAGCUGUGUCCGAAGGAUCGCCUUCUACAACAACAACAGCUGAAACUUGAUGAGUCACUUUGCAAGCUGACCGAGAGCAGCAGCCAGCAGUGCUGUGUUCAGGCUUGCAUACAGAGGGAGCUAGAGCACAAGGAGACUAUUGUCAAAGAGCUAACAAACCAUGAGACAGAGGAGCAUCCUGGCUCACAAAAUAGCAGUUUCUCACAUCCACCAGUUACAACAUCCAAAACACACCAUGGGGCUGAGGAGCUGCAGUUAGUAAGAGAUGCUCUGCGUAGUCUGAGAAACAGCUUUGGAGGUCACAACCCUCAGCAUCACACUCUGGACACCUUAGAGCAAGGUGUGGCCAGUCUGAUGGAUCGACUUUAUGACCUGGAAACAACACACCACAAAAAGGAGCACAGGACUAGAGGCAAAUCACCAGGGCACAAAGCCACUCAUUCAGACUCCUGGCCUUCUACUUCAAAAAUGGCUCAUUCUCACAGCAGUCCUGCACUAAACUCUUCAGCCUGCACCAAAGUCUUGUACUUUACUGACCGCUCACUCACGCCAUUCAUGAUCAACCUUCCCAAGAAGCUGGGGGAGAUCACCCUACAAGACUUCAAGGCAGCCAUAGAUCGAGAAGGCAAUUAUAGAUACCAUUUCAAAGCAUUGGAUCCAGAGUUUGGCACUGUGAAAGAAGAGGUGUUCCAGGAUGAUGCAGUGGUCCCGGGCUGGGAGGGGAAGAUUGUGGCCUGGAUAGAGGAGGAUCAUGGACAGAAAGGGACCUAACAUGAGUGUGCAAGAAUCUGAAUAUAAGAGUGCCAAAAAUGCCAACAUGAAUUAACAUUGAUUUGUAACAUAAAUGUACAGAGGUGGACCUCUCUUCAGUGCCCUACAAAGUUCUUUUCAGUGUCCUUUACUUAUACUGCAUGCACUGAACUACUGAAUGAUCCAGAGUGGUUCCCAAAAGAAGUUGAGGAUCACCAUGAGGGUGACCACAUUGAGAACAUCAGAGAUGUUUCACUGGGGAUUUCAGAUCUCUUUUAGAAGUCUCGCCAUAGAACAGAUUUUCAUUCUUUGUAAAUACUUCAGGAACAGUUGUGUGUCAAACGUAUUUACUGUGACACAGGAAGCCUUUUGUUUGAUACUGUAAUGACAAGCUAGAUUUUUCAGUUCACCUUAUGAGCAUUUCACAAGACAUUCAUCAGUUGUGUGAAAAUGGACAUUAUAAACCUUAAGAAAGAAAAGCAGUAAAAAUAGACCAAAGUAUUUAGCUUUUUUUAUAUAAGAUCUUACAAUGUCAUUUAAUGUCUUUUUUUAGUUGCUUUUUGUUAGUAAGAGUCAAACAACAAGUUUGUCUGUUGACAGUCUGCAGAGAAGGUUUAACUGGAUGGCAUAAAUAUGAGAUUUCAGUUCAUGAUUUUGAUGAUUAAAAACAGAUUAUCAAGAAGGGUUAUGCUACAUAGUACAUUUACUGCAGCAGAGCUAAAUUAAAAGAAAGUGACCUCUGAUUGUCACUGUAAGCUUUCAAUUAUAAUUUAAUGCAAACAUCAAAUGUGCUAUUUGGGUGCACUAAUUUGAGCAUCACUGGAGUUUACAGGAGAGUGCCUGGGCAGAGAGGGGUCACUAGAUUUGUCUGUUGUAUUUUUGUUCUGUAUUAUAUUUAUGUAAAGAUGUUAAUAUUUCAGAGGCAGAUAGAGGCAUAGUGCAUUUUUACUGUAUGAUGUUUUUUUCACUCAAGAUGAAUUGCAACAUAAGCAAUGUAUACCAUAACUGAAAUUCUGCUUUUACCUUCCUCAUUACUGUACAUCUUUACAGUGUGCAUCUAUAGAGGAUUGUUAUUUGGUUUGCCAAUAAACAGUCUG